AUGGCGGCUUCGGACCUCAGCCCGGCCCUCAGCACGGCCACCUCGCCCUGCCAGGGGACAACCCACAACAGCAGCGCACCCCCCCGCCUCAGCCUCAACAGCGCCCCCUCAGGAGCCGCCAGGACUUCCAGAGCGUCCAAAAAAAUCCACAACUUUGGGAAGAGGUCAAACUCCAUCAAGAGGAGCCUGAACGCCCCGGUGGUGAAGAGAGGCUGGCUCUACAAACAGGUCAGACACCAGGGGGCGCUGUGGUUCUACAAACAGGCAAAUAUCCUCCAUAACCAUAACCCUCAUACAUCUGCAGCGGUGGAGCCCGGGCGCUGUGAUGAUAUGAAAGCCCAGCCCCCCGCGGAGCCUCCCCCUCAGUGGUCCCUGGACUUGAAAGCCCGGGAUGAUGACUCCUGCGCUCCUCCUCCACAUGGAGUCAGCGUAAUGUGCUUUGAUGUGACGGCCUUCCACUCCUCUUUCUUGCUCUGUCUCUCUCCGAGCCGGGAUUAG